UCCUUGCUUGUUCUGCACACUAGGAUUCACUCUGGUCUAUCUUGGGUUAGUUGUAAAGAUCUUUGACCGCAUCUUAUGGUUCUAGUACUUUAGGUUACUUGGUGAGAGGUAUCAGUAGCUUCAUUAGGCCUGAAUCACUCGCGAUAGGCUACGACGACCAAGAAUGAACAGGAAUUGUCUCUGACAUCUGAAGAGGCCUGGGCUGGCCCUCAUCACUGAACUGUUGGCGCUACUGGGCAGAAUCUCCAGCCAUAACUUUGGAUAUCGUUAGCAGAUAGCUAGAAGACAUCGAAUUCACCCUUUCCAAGUUCGACAUUGUUGAUUUGAUGCCCCCGUCGUUCUGACAGACAGAGCCGCCAAUAUGAUGCCGAUGAUCCUGACAGUGUACCUAAGUGAUGGGGAACAGGCACUGACCGAGGUGCCCAUCACCCCUGAGACGUCGUGCCGCGACGUGGUCGAGUUCUGCAAGGAGCCUGGCGAGAGCGGCUGCCACCUUGCCGAAGUGUGGCGAGGCAACGAACGAGCAAUCCCCUUUGAGCACAUGAUGUACGAGCACCUACAGAAGUGGGGACCCCGAAAACAAGAGGUCAAGUUCUUCCUCCGGCACGAGGACUCGCCCACCGAAAGCAGUGAUCAAGGGAGCCAGCAAUCUCAAGAGCAGGCCAACCGUAGAAGUGGAAGUGGUGGGGAAAAGCACAAUGAGAAUGGGGUGGGGAACCCCCGCGUGGAGCUCACGCUCUCGGAGCUGCAGGAGAUGGCCACACGGCAACAGCAGCAGAUCGAGGCCCAGCAACAGAUGCUUGUUGCCAAGGAGCAGCGUCUGCGCUACCUGAAGCAGCAGGAGCGGCGGCAGCAGCAGUCGGUGUCUGAGAGCGAGAAGCUGCAGAGGCUCAAAGAGCGCGUGGAGAGCCAGGAGGCCAAGCUUAAGAAGAUCCGCGCCAUGAGGGGUCAGGUGGACUACAGCAAAGUCAUCAACGGCAACCUGUCGGCAGAGAUUGAGCAGGUGAGUGGGCUGUUCCAGGAAAAGCAGGUGGAGCUGCAGUCAGCUGUGCUGCGGGUAGAGCAGCUGAGUCUGCAGCUGGAGGACCUGCGGCGGGGAAAGCUCAAUGGCCUGCAGUCUGCGCUGGGAGGACAGGUCACCAGCACUGCAGCCCUGGAGCUGCGCAAACUCUACCAGGAGCUGCAGAUCCGGAACAAGCUGAACCAGGAUCAGAACAGUAAGCUGCAGCAGCAGAAGGAUCUGCUCAACAAACGCAACAUGGAGGUGACCCUCAUGGACAAGCGCAUCGGAGAGCUGCGGGAGCGCCUCUAUAAGAAAAAAGCUGAGGCACGUCAAAAAGAGAACUUACCUCUAAACAGGACCAACGGGCCUCCCUCUCCCCAGCCGGCCCCAGGGACUCUGGGCCGGGUGGCAGCCGUGGGGCCCUACAUUCAGGUCCCUCUGCCGGGUAGACAAGAGGGAGGCUACACUGGACCCCCCGAACCUAUGAAACCCCAGACACUGGGUGUCAACGCCCCAGCCAAUCAUGCCCGCUCCAAAUCAGCUAAUGACGCUGGCUGGCCCACCCUUGGCAAGGGCAAUGCCUCUCUCAAGCCCCCCGACUGGCCGGAGUCUGGGCUGGACACGCAGGGAAAGAUUCCCCCUCCGGGCUCCCCUGCUGCUACCGCAGCAGACAAGGUGCUGGACUCCAACAAGAUGACAAUCUCCUCCCCGGUGGUCCCUUCCAAGCCCCAGCCGCCUCCCUACGGCUCCCACCUAACUUCUGCCGGCUCCACCAGCUCUCUGGACCGCCGGCCAGGCCUGCUCCCCAACCCCCCCGGCCCUGUCUGGCCCCGUGUUCCCCCCUCCACCGGCUCCUCCUCCCAGCAGAUCCAGCAGCGCAUAUCGGUGCCCCCCAGCCCGACCUUCCAGCCCAACUCACCUCUCUUCCCACCGGGUCUUCCCGGGGAUCGACUUGACCCUGUCCUGGCCGUGGCGGUGCGCCCCUUCGUCCCAGACAGAGGCUCCCGGCCCCAGUCGCCGCGCAAGGGCCCAGCCACCAUGAACUCCAGCUCCAUCUACCACAUGUACCUCCAGCAGGCGGCGCCCAAGAGCUACCCGCUCAAGCCUGCGCUCAAAGCAGUGUACGGGAAGCCCGUUCUCCCCUCUGGCUCCACGCCGCCCUCCCCCCUGCCCUUUAUGCUGACAGGAGGGCCCUUCCCCGGGUUCCAGGGGCCGGCCGGUGAGGACACUGGGGACAGAGAGGGCCCUGACAUCGACGGGGCCCCGGAUACCCCCCCGCCCAAUGUGGAGAAUAUCCCGCGGCCCCUCAGCCCCACCAAACUCACCCCCAUGGCCCACUCGCCCCUUCGCUACCAAAGCGACGCCGACCUGGAAACGCUGCGCAAGAAGCUGGCGAAUGCCCCGCGGCCCCUCAAGAAGCGAAGCUCCAUCACUGAGCCAGAGGGCCCAGCCGGGCCCAACAUCCAGAAGCUGCUCUACCAGCGCUUCAAUACCCUGGCUGGCGGCAUGGAGGGUGGUGGCGCUGGAGCAGGGGGAGCCAGGGUGGGCGGCACGCCAUUUUACCAGCCUGCCAACCCACCCGACUACCCCGGUGGCUCGUUGGCAGACGCCGACAACGGGAACCCGCCAUGUGAGGACCCGCUCCCUCCCCCACCACCAGCCGUGGCAGAGGGGUCAUCCUCAGAGCCCCUGCCACCGCCUGACGCCAAUGACAACAAGCUGCUGCCCCCGCCACCGGCCCCCGAGGUGAUCAGCCCCCCUGCCCCGGAGGCCUCGGAGGAUACCAACAACAAUAACCUAGGGGGAGUCUCGGUGGCCACCCUGCCUAGCCCUGUGCCUGAGGUCAGCUCUCCAGAGGAGGUUGCCACCACCCCCUCACAGCAAGUGGAGAAGCGAACUAACCUGAAGAAGCCCAACUCGGAGCGGACGGGUCACGGCCUGAGGGUGAAGUUCAACCCCCUGGCGCUGCUACUGGAUGCCUCACUGGAGGGCGAGUUUGACCUGGUGCAGAGGAUUAUCUAUGAGGUGAAGAACCCCAGCACAGCCAACGACGAGGGCAUAACCCCGCUGCACAACGCAGUGUGCGCUGGACACCACCACAUUGUCAAGUUCCUGCUCGACUUCGGAGUAAACGUCAACGCUGCCGACAGCGACGGCUGGACACCCCUGCACUGUGCAGCCUCCUGUAACAGCGUUCACCUGUGCAAGUUGCUGGUGGAGUCAGGGGCGGCCAUCUUCGCCAGCACCAUCAGCGACGUGGAGACGGCGGCAGACAAGUGUGAAGAGAUGGAGGAGGGCUACAUCCAGUGCUCUCAGUUUCUGUACGGUGUCCAGGAAAAGCUGGGCGUGAUGAACAAGGGGGCGGUGUAUGCGCUGUGGGAGUACGAGGCCCAGAGCCCAGAUGAGCUGUGUUUCGGCGAGGGCGACGCCAUUAACAUCCUGCGGCGGCAAGACGACAGCGAGACCGAGUGGUGGUGGGGCCGCCUGGACCACAGGGAGGGUUAUGUACCCCGCAACCUGCUGGGGCUCUACCCCAGGAUAAAACCUCGUCAGCGCUCCCUGGCUUAGCCCCUCUGCCUCUUCCUUGGGUGAAAAACUGGACUAUAGGCAGGCGUGGCCGAAGACUGGCGGAGUGGGGCGGCCUGGUGCUCCCCUACUGCCACAGUUUCCCCCUCCCUGUAACCCUGGCUAUGGGACACCGGACAGUGUUCAACACUGAGACACACACACACACACACACACACACAGACCCCAGAAAAGACAGGAUCCCUCUGCUACCCCUUUUCGGUCGACCAAACCCCACUCUGCUCUCUCACUCUCUCCUUUCAGCUUUAUUUAAAUCUGUGUGUGUGUGAGAGAAAAGCUGGAGCACAAGGCUCAGUGGAGAAUCAAGCACUAACCAGUAGUGUUUUUUUUUGGACACCGCUCAGUCAUACAGCGGACAGGACAUUCACCCCUAGUGCUUACCUCUGACGGUUGAUGGUGUGUGUCUGUUUGGAGAGGGCAAUGUGUGUUUUGUGGUUUCUGUGUGUGUGUGUGUGUGUGUGUGUGUGUGUGUGUGUGUGUGUGUGAAUAGUUUAGAGGGCCUUGUGUAUUUGGAAAGUGUGUGGGUUUAAGGACUAGAGAGAGGGGGCUUGUGUAUGUGUACAAUAGGUGUGUGUGUGACAUGUGGAUGGUGGAUGUGUACCAGUUUUAAUUUAGUCAAUAACUAUGACAAGAUAUUAGUCAACCUAUUUUUCCUGACGGACACUAAUGAUGAUAGCGAGAUGCCAUGAAAAAAAACAAUAACUAACAAUUUAGUUUUCUUUUUAGUUGACGAAAACGUGACUAGACGAGAAUUCCACGUGUGACUAAUGAACAUUCAAUUUGACAUGAAGCUCCCUUUAGUCUGUUUUGUCCAAUCAUAAGCAUGCAUGCCUUUGCAGAAUAUUGAAUGCAAUCCUCUCAUUGGCUAAAUGAACGUCUUUCAGUUGCAGGGUCUGAUUGAGCUGAUCUGCCCGGCUCUCCCACAGCUCCCGGCAGUCACUUCAGUCACUUGUGUAUCUUUUGAACUGAUGCUCAGGACACUUCAAUUGUAACUAACCUAAACUAGAAACAAUGUAGGCUAUUUUUGCUUUGAUCAGAUCAGAAACUAUUUUCCCAUGUGUGCUACUAUUCAUCUGUGUUGCUACUCUCACGGCCCACUAAUACGAGUGCAGUUUUUUAAAUUGAAAAUAUGAAUGCCAUUUGCUUAAUAUUAGGAGUACAUUAAUAUUCCUGGCAUUGUUGAAAAGCUCAGAUUCUCCCCCUUCAAGGGAGUCAAUGUUAUUUAUCCCCAUCCCAAGUUUCUGAUGGGAGAAAGAGCUGAAUGCCUAAAUUGUUUCAUCUGUAGCCAAGGAUUUAUAGCCUGUAUGGUAAAUCAUGGCUGGAUUUGGUUACAAUCUGCCAUAAUAGCAAUUUGCCAGCUAUUUGAGGGGAUAGUAGGCCUAGGCCUAGUUGGACAAGGCUAUCUUAAUGUGCACAUGAUGACUGAAAGGUUAUGUAUGAUGAGUUUAACAGGUCAAGAAUGUGUGUGUGCUGUGAAGAGGGGUGACAGUUUGAGGUCUGUACAAGGGUGCGCCAGAUAUUCUGAAUGUUAUGUACAAUCAUAACGGGGAUUUUGAAUGUCCCUCUCGAUAUGGACAAAGAGUACCUAUAUCAAUUCUGUAGGUCGCUUGCUAGGUAAUUUCCGAAUAAGCCGGAAUUUAACUGUCCUAACUUACUUUUCCAUCAUAGCUUCUUUCCAUCAUAGCUUCUUAGGGAUUUGACACUGCCCUUCCACAUGACAAAACAAAAAGGCCUACUUAGGUUAUUUUCCAAAAGUAAAAAAAAUAUUUCUCAACAUGUUUCUGGAUUUUAGUCCCAGGUAAAGCACUCUUUGUUAGUAAAGUGUAUUGGAUUAUUGAAAUUUCCCAAACAAGAUAACAUUUCUUAAAAAAAAAAAAAUCUUCUCACGGAAUGAAGCACUCAUCCCCUAAUUUUCUUGCGCCGUCAGGGCCAUGCUAUCAUAACACCCUUUUGAACUAUUCACAAUUUGUCACAUUAAAUGCCCUGCUUUAGUUAUAGAAGUUAUCAGCAAAAACAAACUUUAUUUUACAAAAACUUUUAAAGCUUCACUCAACUUGUCAGAUCCUGCAAAGAGGUGUGUCCAACCAUUGCCAAUGUAGAUUGAGAUUUGAGAUAAAGUGGUGUUUGUGAUGAACAGGGAUGCAGUGUCCUAUGCGUUUGUGCAGUGAAGGAACCCUCCUUCGGGCAAAAGUGUGUGUUUUAUGAGAGAUGCGUCAGGCCUCACUCACCAUAGAGCCAUGAUCUGGGGGGUCCUCACCACUUCACUUCAGGCGCGUGUGAAAGUGUUAUAAUUGAGCACUUGAUCAAACCCACGCUCUUACAAAUCCGAUGGGUGUGGCCAUUCAAGCAGAAUGACAUUUACAUAACACUAAGGUAUUCUUUUGUUGUAUUACCCCUACUUUCCCUGCCUGACCUUGUUUCCAGUUCUGUGAGAUGAGAUUUGUACCUUGCCCAGCAAGGCAGGAAAAGAGCUUUACCCUAAUAAUCUCUGUAAAUACUGAGAUGAGUGUGUUUGACUGUCUGCUGUAUGAAGACUCAUUGACUCGUGGGGGUUCUGUAAGCAUUAAGGAUGCAGUACUUACACAUCCUGUUCUGUGAAUGUGCACAAUAAAAACAAUUCCCCGCAU